GGUGAAUAUUAUUGAGCGACUAAAUUUAAUUCGGUCAGGAUCGACUUCCUACGAUGCUUGUGUCAGCACAUGCGCAGUAGAUCACCGAAAGUAUCGCUGAUCGGAGAGAGAACGAGGCGCAGAUGAACGGCUCGAUCGACUGCGUGAGACGCGAUGAGGUGUAACAUAAUGAUCCAUAGCCAGUAAAGACAUGGAUGAAGCGUUGGAUCUUUGACAUUUCAUGCAACCCAGGCUGUUCGUAACAUUUUGAGAUGAGAUUAACCCCUCCGAUUCAUGGACUAAAAAGCCUUUUUCCUAUUUAAAAAUGUGAGCCAGUGAUUCAAUAUCCAUACUCUUCCUGGGAUGACUCAAAACCAUUGGUCUCACAAAUCUACUAGUGAAAUAAAGGCCUCGAGGCCAGAGGAAAAGAUCAGAUAUGACGGAUGAGCUGAACAGGGCAUCAUCUGAACCGGAGACGACGAACCCGGAAGAGACGAUGCAUCCGAUUGAAGGAGACAUUACCGCCGUUGAGGAAAAUACUAUGUGGGACGACAUGCCUGGCAAAGUGACGGUUGAGUUGCCACCUGAUUGGCUGAAGCCAAUGGAAGAGGAUGAAGAUGAUGGUGUUGAUGGUCUCAGGAGCAGUGAACGCAUCAACAGGAGGACCAAUGAUGGCGUUCCGAAAGUAAAACGACGCAGAGGUCGGCCUCCGAUUGCCAGAAAUGUUAGACAAGGACUUAAUCGUUUAGAUUUCAAGAAAGGAUUACACAUGGAUCGCACUAGGAGAACUAAGAAUGCUCGUUCCCUGUUGGACAGCAGACGUUCAGGUCUCUCAUCGGGAAAUGCCACUCCAGUCCCAGAUCCAAGCCGCACACCUGAAGUUUUACCCAGAACACCCCAGAGCAUCAUUCACAGCUCGACAUCCACACCCCAGAGACCCCGACUCACCCCCAGCAGCAUCUCCAACACACCCAACACAGAAUUUAACAGCCCUCCGCGCCUCACGAGAAUCUCGCCGCUUAAUAUCGACCCAUCCGGAACACGGAAUUUUAUUCACACUCCUUCGGUAAAACUGGGUAAUGUUUCCCAACAGAUAAUCGGUUCCUCUAGCGAACCUGGUAAAGCUGGCACUGAGCUGCCCCUUCGACUCUGGCUUUAUCCAUCUAUGGAGCCAAUUAGCCCUACAAAAACUCAGGAUACACUGAUCUCAGAUCUGCCUGUAAAUUCGCCAGAUUUCCCAGAGAUUACGCUUAAGGGAACAAUGUCACUGAAGGAAAGUCAUCCUAUGCUCAGUAAAUGUGAAAACUGUGGCUCUCCAUUUUCUGCUCAGAAGGCUGGAGACACGUUGUGCUACACAUGUAGGCCUAAACCAGAGAAGAAGCAAUCUCCUCCAAACAUUGUGUUUAGGAAGGUGGGGCAGGAUCAGUGGGAGGUUGGGAAAAAAAAACACCCAAGAAAACAAAUACUGAAACCUCGUCCCGGAUACAAGAGAAUUUCAAAAAAGGAUUUUGUCCCUGAUGGUGGUGAUGAUGAUGAUUGGGCUCAAAAGAAACGGAAUCGCAGAAUGUGCCGGCAGUGUGACGCGUGUCUUCGUGAAGAAGACUGUGGCAAAUGUGACUUCUGCAUGGACAAGCCAAAGUAUGGUGGCAGUAACAAGAAAAGGCAGAAAUGUCGCUUACGUCAAUGCAAGUUUCAGUCAAAGCUUCAUUCUCAAACUGCAAAAAGAAACCUGAAUCCGUCCCUUCCACGAAGAAGAACAAACAUGAAAUCCAAGAUCAAGAGGCGUGGGAGACCAGCAAAAAAACGGAGAUUCAGAAGCAAACCCUGGGAGGAGGAUGAUGAUGAUGAUGAUGACGACGAAGAAAUGUCUGACAAGGAUGAUGACGAAGAAGAAGUGAAACAUUAUAAGAUGAAUGGCUCCAAGGCCAGAGGAAGGAGGAAAUGGAAUUACAGCUUUAAGGAAGAGGACGACGACAUGUUCAUUGAGGCCGUGCUUGAGGAUGACGAACCAUCCAACAUUGAGGAGGAUCCUGUUGUUUUGGGCAAUGAAGGGUCAGUGAUGGCGUCUAAUGAGAUGUACUCAAACACCUCUGAACUCGGUGCUCAUCAGGGAUUAUACUACAACAUGCCGGGCAUGCCGGUGCCGUCUCAAAUGCUUGGAUCAGGACCUCUGUGUAACAACAAUCCGAUGCCGCUGGGUGAGGUCAUCGGUUCUUUGCCAAUGGGGGAUGAUGCGACUCAGAAUGGUUUUCUUCAGAUUGAAAUGGUGAGAGUGGGGUCACCACCGUCACAUUUCACAGAAGAGCCAGUAUCAGAAUCUCAACAGGAGCCCACGCCGGUGAUCACUCAGAUCUUCAGUCUGGCGGGAGCAGAGAGCGACUGCGACCGAGACCAAGGCCUCAUGGAGCUGUUCACUUCCCUAGGCCAGACUGUGCUGCCCCCUCACUGGGUGUGCGUCAUGGCCAAAGGCCCCGUCCUCCAGCUCCUGCAGUGCUCCAAGCUCUCCACCAUGGCCGACACGAUCGUCCAGAUCGAGAAGGGCUUCUUCUUCCAGGUCAGCGUUCAGAACCAGCCUCUCCUGCUCAUGCACGCCGUCUACUCGCGCCACCCCACCUGCCUCGAGACGGUCGAUGAUGUGGUGUCGCUCCUGCUUGACUUGGAAGGCCUGGGCGUGUGUCAGGGCUACCAGAGCCUCGACAUGGGCUCGCCCUGGGAGCCCAGAAUGUGCGUUCGAGCGGCUCUGUGCGAUUUGCUCAUUUCCAAGGAUGAGGAACAUUGUGUGAAAUGCACGCAGCCUGUGGAGGGGUGAUAUAUCUUCUGCGAAAAUUUACUGUAGUUUUCGAACAAUCACAAUUUGUUCGGAAAAAAAAUCUUCCACCAGUUUUUAAGCUUAUAGUGCAGUCAGAGCUGUUUCCAACUUAUGGAGCCCCUCACAUGACAUGUGGACAAAAAUAUAUAUAUCGUGGUCACAAAUUAAGAAUUUAUUUCCAUGAAUUAAGAAUUCGUUCACUCGUUUUAGAUAAAUCGUGACUAUGAAUUAAGAAUUCGUUCUCUAAAACAAGGGAACGAAUGAUUACAACGUGGCCAUGAUUUAGUAAAUUAGGGAACGAAUUAUACCGUGUGCACAAUUUACUUAAAACGAGGGAAGGGGUUAGUAAAAUGUGCUGACGUAUUAGUAAGUCGUGGGAAAAUAUUGUUAAUUCGUGGCCACCUUAUACUUUUUAUUUUUCCAUCAUGUCAUGUGUGGGGCUCCGUUCCAACCUCACGAUGAAUCGACAUCCAAAAUGGUGCUUCUUUUUUGUUUCGUUUUCAGAAAUGUGGAAGUUAGUGACGUGACAAAAACAAUCCAUCGAAAAAAGGACUCACAAAAAACAUUGAGUUUUACCAAAACCCCUUCUUUCCGUCACUCUCCAGUUCUCAUUUAAACUACCUCUCAAUCAUUAUAUGGACCAAUUUCAACCUUAAACUUCCCAGGUGCCCUUUUUCAGGCUGAGUUAUUGAUUCAGAGCUGUUUGGUGAACAUGUUUAUUGUUGUACAAUGAAAAGCGUGUUAUAAGCUGCCUUUGUUGUGCUAAAUUUGGGGUUGGAUGUUCAAACCUAAACCAAAAUCACUCUACCUUCAGAAGUAGUCUGCUUUUUAUUGAUACCUUACACUGUAUUUAAUUUGUACCCCAAAGCGAGCAAGCAUACUAUCUUUCAUAAUGCGUUUUGUACGUCUUUCUUUUUUCUUCCCCUUAUUAUUUGAGCGUUUUAUGCAAUGGAAGAUGCGCUCUGGUCUUUUUUUGUCCUGUUGUUAAUCACACCUGCUUUCGUGUGACUGAAUUGUGUUACGCAUGAUAAAGUGCAACUAAUGGCACGCUGCAAACUGCAGUGCAUCUGUGUGCAUUUCUGCUGUCGUGUGUAUUAUUCCCAGCCUACUGUAGAGGUCCGACCGGGGAAGGCCUGGUGAACGGCAUCUUUUAUUACACUGAUUGGCCUUUAUACAGUUUAUGCAUAUUUAAAUUCUUCCUAAGAGAGUUAAAUCAAUGCAGAUAAAAUCAGACCUUCUUAAUUUAGUUCAACAUUUUGUUCAUUUUUCAUUCCUGAGUGAUUUAAUUAAAAUAUUGGAAGCGGAAUUGAAAUUUGUUAACCUCUACCCCUGGAAAUGUGUACAAAAUGAGCUGUAAAAUACGUAAUUGUCGGAAAUUAUUUAUAAAUAGAGGAUGUAAGCUAGAGGUGUUUCUGAGAGCAUCUCUGUAUUGUAAAUCUUGCCCUUUUUGGUCUGUUUAAACACCAAGUUCAGUUUUUGAAACACUGUAAAGUAAGAUUUUUAUGAAGGGUGGGUGAAAAUAAAGUUUGUUUUUCUUACA